UCUCAUUAAGACAUUAACCACGCCGGCCGCACCUAUCACACACUCCUGGGGACGCCGUACGUAGCCAACAGAGAUUCCCCCCGCACGUACACCAUGUGGCUAGUGUCCUCCCUCCGUGCCGCUCUGUGCCUGUUGCUCGCCGUCCUCGCCAGCCACCGCCAGCCUGCGGCGGCCGUCGUCACGCUGUCGACGUCGUCGCGGUGGAUCGUGGACCCGGCCGGGCACCGGGUGAAGCUGGCCUGCGUCAACUGGCCGUCGCACCUGGAGUCCGUGGUGACCGAGGGGCUCGGCAGGCAGCCCGUGGGCGCCAUCUCCGGGAUGAUCGUCUCCAUGGGGUUCAACUGCGUCCGCCUCACGUACCCCAUCGCGCUGGUGACCAACGCCUCUCUGUCGGUGCUCACCGUGCGCCAGUCCCUCCUGGCCAACGGCCUCGCCGAGACGGUCGGCGGCGUCGAGGUCAACAACCCCAGCUUCCUUGACCUCACGCUCAUCGAGUCGCUCAAGGCUGUGGUGAACGCCCUGGGGGAGAAGAACGUCAUGGUGAUCCUGGACAACCACGUGAGCACGCCGGGGUGGUGCUGCAGCAACGACGACGGCAAUGGGUUCUUCGGCGACAGGGACUUCGACCCAAACGUCUGGGUGGACGGGCUGGGCAGCAUGGCCACCAUCUUCGCCGACGUGCCCAACGUCGUCGGCAUGAGCCUGCGGAACGAGCUCCGAGGCCCGAGGCAGAAUCCCCAAGAUUGGUACACGUACAUGCAGAGGGGCGCGGAGGCGGUUCACGCGGCGAGCCCGAGGGCGCUGGUGAUCAUGGGCGGCCUGAGCUACGACUACGACCUGUCCUUCCUCGCCGCGAGGCAGGUGGGCGUGAGCUUCGCGGCGGAGAACAAGCUGGUGUUCGAGGUGCACUGGUACAGCUUCUCGGACGCGCGCGCGUGGGAGACGGAGAGCGCCAACGAGGUGUGCGGCCGCGCCGCGCGCGACUUCGCGCGCCGCGGCGGGUUCCUGCUCGCACGGGGCUUCCCGCUCUUCCUCAGCGAGUUCGGCGCCGACUCCCGCGGCGGCGACCCCAAGGACAACCGGUUCUUCCCGUGCGCGGCCGCCGUGGCCGCGGAGCACGACGUGGACUGGGCGUACUGGGCGCUGCAGGGCAGCUACGCGCUGCGGCAGGGCGUCGCCGGGAUGGACGAGGUGUACGGCGUCCUCGACUGGUCCUGGAGCAAGCCCCGCAACGAGACCGUGCUCCCGAGGAUCCAGGCGCUGCAGCGGCCGCUCCAAGGGCCUGGCUACGGCGAGGCGCUGCCGUACACCGUGCUGUUCCACCCGCUCACGGGGCUCUGCGCGGUGCGUCGCGCAGCCGCGGUGACGACGACGCUGGAGCUGGGCCCGUGCAACGAGACGGACGCGUGGGCGUACGCGCCGCCGUCGUCGACGCUCGUUCUAAGGGACGCUGCGGCCGCGGGGCUCCCGUGCCUGCGGGCCGAGGGGCCUGGCCAGCCCGCGCGGCUCGGCAUCAGGGACUGCGGCGACCCCAUGUCGACGUGGCGCCUGGCGACAGACUCCGGGAUGCAUGUCGCCGUCGACGCCGCUCUUGGGCUGGGCGGCGGCGAGGACGGCGGCGGUGGCGGUGGCAUGCUGUGCCUGGACGUGGGCACGGACGGCAGGAGCAUUGUGACGAACCCGUGCGCGUGCCAGCGCGGGGACGGGACGUGCGACCCGGAGGGCCAGUGGUUCAAACUGGUCACCAGCACGAGGCGCGUCGUGCGCAGGCCGCCAACGCUCGCCUAGGUCGUUCUGCGGCGCUUUCAUAAUCUUUCCGGAUUCAUUCAUAGCGCUCAGUCAUUUCUUGAUAAAUUUGGUAUUUAUUUCAAACCUCUAAUCUCGAAAACUUAUUGCCACAUAAACUCAUCGAAUGUGCCUUUGCAAUUUUCUCUCCAUGAGGAAAUUAGAAUGUUCUCUUCUUCCCACUUCACAAACACAAGGUUCGGUCCGACACCAAUUUUCAAUUA